AUGUUCAACUGGGCAAAGCAACAGCUGGCCAACGUCGCCGGCACCCAAGAGCCCAUCUAUGGCCCCUCCGCGAUCAAGUCGGUCGCCGAGGAGGCCGAGACGAAGCCAUACACUGAGACUACCCGCGAUGACUUCAAGUGGCAGGCGCUGGAGUCCACUUGCGUCGAGACGGAAAGCUUCUAUCUCUUCGCGGACACCGGCGACAUUGCCCUCGCACAAGUCAUCUACAGCAACGUUGCUGGCAUCCGCACAACGUGCCAGUUCAAUUCCAAGGUCUUCUCCAAAGACCCCUCCAAGCCGCACCUGUGGUGCUCCACGCCCUUGAACAACGUCGAGUUCAGCGAAGACAAGGCAUCGUUCUACGCCGACGACUGCGCCGUCGAGCUGGCCGAGGACGGAAACUCAUACACCAUCAAGAGCAUGAACGACGAGAGGUCCAUCGUCAACGUCAAGAUCACAAAGGCCGCACCGGGAUUUAAGGCCGGCGAGACGGGCACGACAAAGUUCGGCACCGAUCUGGAGAACCCGUGGGGCGUUAUGAGACAUGCAUUCUGGCCGCGAUGCACCGUUGAGGGCACCAUCACCACGCCCGAUGGCCCCAUCGACUUCAAGGGCCGCGCGCUGUACUCGUACGCCAUCCAAGGCAUGAAGCCCCACCACGCUGCCGCGCGUUGGAACUUCGCCGACUUCCAGGGUCCCAACUACUCGGCCAUCCUCAUGGAGUUUACCACUCCCCCGUCGUACGGUACAACCAAGGUUAUUGUGGGCGGCAUCGUCAAGGACGGCGAAAUCAUUGCUGCCGGCUGCGACAUGGAGGCGCUCCACACCACCGUCACCAAUGACGCCGAGAAUGAGUGGCCCGAGCCCAGCCAUGUCAAGUUUGUCUGGUCCAACAAGGACAAGGAUGGCAAGCCCGUCGAGGCGAUCAUCGAGGGGUCACUCGGUGACAGGGUCGAUAGAGUUGACGUCAUGGCUGAAGUUCCGGGUUUUGUCAAGAAGAUUGUGGCCGGCGCCGCGGGAACGAAGCCCUAUAUCUACCAGUAUUCUCCCAAGGUUACUCUCAAGCUGAAGAUUGGCGACGAAGAAAUCAGCGAAGAGGGUCAGAUGUUUACCGAGGCCACGUUCAUCUCGGAAGCGUAA